AUGGUGCGCAUCCGGUCCAGUACGCGUGGGAAGACAGAUGCCGGUGCUGCUGUUGCCAGGGACAUCGAUUUCAAGCAUUUCUGGAGACAAUUGCGAGCGGUUGGAUGGACAUCGAAGAAACCGAGCGGCUUCGAGACGGAGUGGCGGUACAAGACCCCGAAUGGUGUUGAAGUAUUCGUUGGAGAAGAUGCGGUGGUGAGGCAUGCGAUAGAGUCUGGUUUACUUGCGACUAGCGAGGAUGAAGAAGAGAAGACCGAAGACAACGCCAGUCCCGACAUCGAAAACGUUGAGGAUAGAGAUAUUCGAGUAUCGCAGAUCGACACAAGCGCACAGCUCUCACAACACGCUCUUGAUGAUCUAUUUGGAGCCUCGAGUGACUCAGACGUCGAGCUGUCGCACGCCGCAGUGCUACGAGCGUUUGGAUUAUCUUCGAGAGAACUCGAAGAUGCCGAGUCACAUCUACAUGCAGCAACAAGCCUUUACUUACUGUCGGAAGCUUCUGGCAUUGAUAGUGAUGCUGAACGAGAUGGUGUUUGUGCUGAAACCUCCGGACCGGUGCUUCGGUCACUCUCCAACUUCAAGCAGGACGUUAACUUUGUCCCUGACGACGCAAAUUUGAGCUCCUAUGAAAGUCUCAGUUCUGGUCGGAGCGACAGCGAUGGAGUUAUCGACAGUGACGAAGAUGCCGCCGUAGAGGACACCUCAAGCGAUGAUGAUGUCAUAUCCGAUGCUGACGCUCCACAGAUGGACGAGGCAUUCGUCGAAUCCCUUCUUGUUGGGCAGGAUGGUGUCAACAAAAAUGCCGCGGAGGCGAGAGCUAACGCAUUGAGAGCAACGAAAUGGACUCCCGUGUCGUCGGAGUUUGAGGAUGUGUCACUCCCGUACCCAGGCCUCAAUGACGAAGUGGGCAAGCCUGUACCUGAGCUACGCAGUGUCUGUCAUUCCCCGCUUCUGACCCUGUUCUACUACAUGCCGAAAUCGCUGUGGGUGAUGAUUAACGCUGAAACGAACCGGUACAGUUUGCAACAGAUCGAAAAGCGGGCACAAGCAAUACACGCCAAGCAGCUGGAACCCAAACGAGAAAUCCUCCUGCAAAUUCGCCGGCGGCUGAAAGCAAAAGCAGCGUACCAGACUCAUGAAAUCCUUCAGGUUCUAGGACUUCUGAUCGCACGGAUGUUAUGCCCGCAGAAGCGCCGAUUUGCAGCACGCUGGUCGAUGACUGAGGACGGGGCAGUUCCUGCUGGAACGUUCGGCCGUUUCAUGGGGCGUAACCGCUUCCAAGAUAUCUUACGAGAUCUCCACUUUGUCGACAACGAGGGUGAGCGGCCAAGAGACAAGCUAUGGAAACUUCGGCCUGUUGUCACCAAGCUACAGGACCGGUUUCUGGCUGGAUGGUCACUUCCGGCAGUGUUCUCGUUCGAUGAAGGUGUUCUUCCUUCAAUAUCCAAGCGCAAUACAACACCGAUGUUUAUGCCAGACAAACCUCACCGGUACGGCACGAAAAUGUUUAUGACGUGUGAUGCUAGGACAGCAUAUUGCCACAGAUUCGAAAUGUAUGCUGGAAAACGAAAUACUGGAGACACUGGCGACUCUUCAUUCGACCAUAAGACUGGUGCCGCGGCAGUCGUUCGUAACCUGAAGAGCGUGCUUCACGAAAAUCGGCGCCAUCCGUGGCACUUGGUCGUGAUUGAUCGAUUCUACUCAUCUGUCCUUCUAGCGAUCGAACUUCUGGGCAUGCGUGUUUACGUCUUGGGCGCUAUAAUGACGGACAGACUUGGCUACGACAAGAACAUCAAAGCGGCUCGGAAGACAAGGCCCGAAAGCAUCCCUCGCGGAGCGUUCACAUUCUCCCGUUCUGUUGCUGUGCCAACUAUGGUGGCGUUCCACUGGUGGGACAGUAAACCCGUGCAUUACUUGUGCACGGGCACUGUGAUGUCGGCUUCGUCAAUCAACAGGAAUGUGAAGCGCGUGGGACCUGUUACUGUGCCUUGCCCUGCAGCUGCGACGGAUUAUCAGCGCUGGAUGGGAGGAGUUGAUGUUCACGAUCAACUCCGCCUUCAGAAGUUCUCGUUGCAGACGUCCACCAAGUUCAAUAAAUACUACAUGAGUUUGUUCUUGGGUCUCGUAGAUCUAGCGUUGGUUAACGCAUACAUCUCACACAAGGAAACCGCACGAAUUACGGGUACUACAGCAACUACACGUGGAGACUGGUAUUGUAUUCUCCAGAAUCAGCUUCUCCAGCUGAAGCCUGAAGACUUUGACGGUGCCGUAGCGACCCCACCCCCGCUACGUCAAAAGCGCCAACGUACCCCAGUGCGGCUCACCCAUCAAGUGAAACAGUCGGAAGAUUGGGUGACUGUCAGCGGCGUCCAAAAGAGACGACAGAGAUCCUGUAAAGUCUGCGCACUACUCAGGACCGACAGAAAGAAGAAAUCUUACGCAACGACCUUCUUCUGUGAACGCUGCUCGCUGGACAACGCUAAAUGUUGGCUUUGCAGUAAGAUCCGGCAUACCUACAAGGGCGAAGCAAAGACGUGCUUUGGUAUAUGGCAUGACGAUUUUGACUGCGGUCAGGCGAUCCCUGCCACCUUAGGAAAAAGAGUCGUGCUGCGGCGUCCCGGGAAGAUACCUGGAAUGCGGAAGAAGACUCGCCGAGAAUUACAGCUUCACAACUGGAAGGCGGACGACGAGGGAUCCAGAAAUGAAAAUGACAACGCUCAGCGAGUCCAAGAGUAG